AGGGAAAUUUCACAGAGUAUCCCUUUCUUUUGUAUAAACUGCUGGAAAUCUAUUACAAACAGCAAACUUGUGAAACUCGUUCCAGACGGUGUCCUUUCAGACUUCGCAGGAGAUGGUCAGGUUUCGUCCCUUCCCAGCUCGGAGAUGGAAGCUCGCUGGUUAUUGGAAACGUGAGAUGUAACAUUUUGUGACGGUUUUCUUUCGCAGUUAGCGCGAUAUAUUUUUCAAGAACAAUGAAAAAGACAUCUGAGGCAUCGUAAUUACUAAAACGUCGAAAUGAUCAGUAACAUUGGGGCUAUCCAGACAAAGACAACAUCCUUUAGAGAGAGGAAGUCGUCAACAUUGUGUCGACCAUCGUCAGGAUAUCCUUGUCUCGAUAGGCUCAAAAGACGCCGCCCAGAUGCCAAAGUGAUUAUUAAUGUUGGAGGACGCAGAUUUGUUACGUGGAAAAACACGCUGAAACGUUUUCCUCAAACGCUUCUGGGUUCAGAGGAGCUUGCCGCGCGUUUUUACGACCAGGAUAGAAAGGAAUAUUUCAUAGAUCGCGAUCCGCAUUUAUUUCGAUACAUACUAAAUUACUAUCGUUGUGGUAAACUCCAUCGUUCGUACGAUGAUUGCAAUGCGUCAUUUGAAGAUGAAUUGUCGUUUUACGGAAUUAUGCCACAAGAGGUGCACGACUGUUGCUUUGACGAUGACAAUGAAAAUGAUAACGCUGACGAUAGUAAAAGUACAGUAUCCGGGUCGGAAUGCGACAAAAAAGAACAUUUAGUUACUCGAAGUUGGAUUGGACGAGCUCGAAAUUGGAUUUGGGUUUUGUUGGAGGGAGAGGCAGAGUCUGGCUUUAGAGCGUUUUGUGGAAUGGUCCUAAUUUACAUUGUGGGACUUUUUAUCAUUCUUAGCAUUUUUACAACCGUCUAUGAAACUGUCCCUUGCGAAAACGAAGAGAAAGUUUGCAUGGAAAGAUUUCGAAUCCUGGAUCUAUUAGACAAUAUUUGUGUGGGUGUUUUCAGCGUGGAAUUUUGUCUCAGGCUUCUUGUCUGUCCGAAUAUUUUGGAAUUCGCCAAGAAUCCGAUGAACAUCAUCGAUUUUUUAUCGAUCUUUCCUUUUUACUUAACACUGCUUUUAGAUUCCGUAGUUGGAUCAAACCUGGAAGCUUUCGUAGUUCUUCGAGUUUUGAGGAUAUUUAGAGUUUUUAAGUUAACGAGACACUCUAAACGUCUUCAAAGAUUCGGCGCAGCUCUGGCCAGCUGUAUGGGAGAUCUCACGUCGUUAAUGUUUGUUUUAAUCAUUGCUGUCGUGGUUUUUGCAAGUAUGAUAUACUUCAUUGAGCGCAACGCCGUGGAGGGAAAGUUCAUCAGUAUACCAGACAGUAUGUGGUACACCAUCGUCACCAUGAUCACGUUAGGGUAUGGAGACAUGGUUCCAGCCACAUUUUUGGGUCAGACUGUAGGAGCCAUAUGUUGUGUAGCUGGUGUCAUACUGGUGGCUUUGCCAAUACCUAUCAUUCAAGAGAAGGACAUCUUCAAGAAACAAAUGCUCAGCGUUUACAAUGUAGACGAUUUGCAAAAGAAAAUUAAGCAAAUGAGGAAAGGUGCCGAGAGACCAGAUCGAGGAACUCCUUAGGGAAUUUAAUGACCAACCUCUUUCCCAGGGCCUUUUUCCUUUGUUGGGGGUAGAGCAUAUGCAAUCAGAUAUUAACAUAAUGCUAUUUUGUCCCUGUUAUACUAAAAUGUUUAGGUAAAAACGAAAGGACGCCGCACGUGAUUUCAACGUGAACAAAAUCAGCGACACAGGAUUGGUUGCUCAUUCACUUUUUUAUGAUCCCCAAGAUUGUCUCUGGAAAAAGAUCUAUAUAGGCGGAUUCGUUUUGUUAGUUUAAUCCUGUCUUACACUCUCGAAGACUUGAGUCUAACGAUUCUGAUUUUCAUGCAGCCGGCCUGAAUCUCGUCUUAGUUUUGCGAGUGUAAAGACAUAGAUCAACGUUUCAGGGAAUGAUACUUUAUUGACAGUGACGUGAGGUUGUCCUGCUGAAUCGUAACACUUGGCAUACUUCAUGCGGAUAGGUCAAUAAAAUUACACUAAGAGUAAA